AUGACAACAUACCGGGACUUCAAGCUUACGGAUAUCAUGGGCUUCAACUUUGUCAAUCUCGAUCAGUUAACGGAGACCUACAGCACCGCGUUUUAUGGUGAGUACGUCACGCACUGGCCCGAGUAUCAACGCAUGUGUCUUCACCCAACGACAGGCAUUUGCAUGGCGUACACACUUGGCAAGGCGGAGGGAAAGGGCGAGGACUUCCACGGGCACGUAUCUGCAGUCACAGUCGCACCAACGUUUCGUCGUCUGGGUUUGGGGGAGGCGCUCAUGACGGAGCUUGAAAUCACAACAUCCUGCCUUCAUAACGCGUACUUUGUGGACUUGUUUGUGCGGCAAAGCAAUAAAGUUGCUCGUGACAUGUACCAGAAACUGGGUUACAUUGUCUACCGACGCGUGCUUGGCUACUACCGAGGUGACGGCCCCAAAGGGAUAUUUAAGGAGGAUGAAGAUGCGCUAGACAUGCGCAAGGCCAUGCCGCGUGACAGGGAGAGAGGAAGGAGCAGUGUUAUUCCUGUUGAUAGGCCCAUCAAACCCGAAGAGUUGGAGUGGAACUAA